AUGUCCAGCACGAAUAUCAAGCAGGAAUUUGAUGAGGAGUUGAGAAAAGCAAUUGAGGAUCAACGGAAUCCGAAUAAGAGACCUAGGGAAGAUGAUGACGAGGAGGAGGAGGAGGAGGAGGAGGAAGGUGAAGGUGAAGAAACUAGUGAAGCUAGAGAUGGAAGGAACAAUGACAGAGAGGUAGAAGGGGAAGUUGAAGGAGAGGAAGGAAAAAGAGAUAAUGGUGGUGGUGAUGGUGGUAAUGAUGAUGAGGAUGAUGAUGAUGAUGAGGAGGAGGAGGAGGACGAAGAUAGUAUGGAGGAGGACGAAGAAGUAUCUGGACGAAGAAGAAAGAGAAAAAGAGGGGCCAACCAAUUUUUCGAUAUUGAAGCUGAGGUGGACGAUGAGGAAGAAGACGACGCCGAGGAGGACGACGAAGAAGCAGAGAUUUUACGAGAACAGUUUAUCAGCGACGAUCAUGUUCACGAAGAUAGCGGGCCACAACAUGAGGAUGAUCGAUUGCACCGACAAUACGAUCGUCGUCGUCAAGAGGAAGAAGACCAGGAUGCUGAGCAAAUAGCCGAAAGACUUAAAGAAAGGUAUAAAAAGAGUCAUCAGGCCUACCGAGGCGAAUCUGCAGCUAAUGGAGUAGUCUCGCAAAAGUUAUUGAUGCCAUCUAUUAAUGAUCCGGCAAUUUAUGCAAUAAGGUGUACACCAGGCAAGGAAAAAGAGGUGGUGAGGAAACUAUAUGAGAAAAAAAGAACUUUGGAAAGACAAAGGAUGCCCUUGGAUAUAUUGACAGUAUUUCAAAGAGACUCAUUUCGGGGAUAUGUUUAUAUAGAAGCCAAAAGGCCGGAUGCCAUUGAUAAAGCCCUACAAGGUAUGGUGAAUAUCUAUGGUAGAGAUAAGUUAUUGGUUUCUGUUAAGGAGUACCCAGAUUUAUUGAAGCAAGUUAAAUCUUCGGAUGUUGAGCUUAAACCAGGUGUUUAUGUUAGAAUUGCGAGGGGGAAGUAUAAGGGGGACCUUGCCGUAGUGGAUAAUCUAUCGGAGAAUGGGUUGGAUGUGCGGUGUAAAGUUGUUCCUCGUCUUGACUAUGGUAGGAACGAUGAGAUUGGACCAGAUGGGAAAGUGAUCAAACUGAGGAUUAGACCACCUCCCCAACGAUUUGAUGCACAAGCGGCAAAGAUGUUCGAUAGUCUCAACUUGCAGCAGAAGGGGUCCAGACUGUACACUUACAAGGGAGACGAGUAUGUUGACGGUUAUUUAUAUAAAGACUUUAAAUUACAGUAUAUCCAAACACAAGAUGUGCAACCGUCACUUGGAGAGCUUGAGAAAUUCCAAGCGGGAAGCGAAAACGAAGGUUUGGAUUUGCAAAAGAUUGUUAGCUCAUUCAAAAAUAAAAGUUUGGGGGAAAGCAGACAGUCUACUCCGUUUCAACCCGGUGACAAAGUGGAAAUUCGCCGAGGGGAACAGGCCAAAACAAUUGGCAUUGUGGUUGAAGCAUCGUUAAAUGAAAUAAAGAUAAGGGUUACUAAUAGUGGUGAUCCAAAGUUUGUAAAUCAAAACUUGACUGUUCCUGCAACUGAUUUGCGGAAGAUAUUCAGUGAGGGUGACCAUGUUCGUAUAGUUGAAGGAAAACAUUUUGAUGAGACUGGAUUGAUAAUAAAAAUUGAUGGUGACUCGGUGUUACUCGUUAGCGAUCAAACAAAGGAAGAUGUCAAGGUAUUUGCCAACUAUCUAGUCAAGGCCACGGAUGCCUCUUCUACCGUGGACAAAAGUGUUGACUAUGCAAACUCCAAAUACGAUAUCAAAGAUCUUGUUGAGCUAAGUGCCACGACGGUGGGUGUUAUUGUCAAGGCAGAAAAGAAUAUCUUUGAAGUUCUCACAUCUGAUGGAAGAUUGAUUGAUGUGAGGCCCUCUGCCAUUGCUUCAAAAUUGAAUCAAAGUCGUCGUGAGCAGAUUGCCACCGAUAAAAAUGGCUUUACAAUUAAAGUAGGUGACACAGUGAAGGAGGCUACGGGUGACAAAGGUAGGGAAGGUGCCAUUUUGCAUAUUUACAAAAACACAUUAUUCAUAAAGUCCAAUGAGAUAAUUGAAAACUUGGGUAUAUUUGUAGCCAAUAGAAUGGCAGUCAACACUGUUGCGACGAAGGAUUCAAUGGUUUCGAAAAGUUUUGGCCCCGACCUUACCAGUAUGAAUCCAAAUAUAAAACCUGCCGAUUCAUUUGCGUUGCAAGGUCUUAAAACUCGUGUUGGCGGAAGAGAUAAACUAUUGUACAAAGAUGUCGCAAUUAGAGUGGGAAGCUAUAAAGGACUCAAGGGAAAAGUUUCUGAAGCCGAUGAUUUGUACGCGAGAGUGGAACUUCAUACUAAGAGCAAAAAAGUCAAGGUGCUAAAGAAAGACUUGCUGGUCUUGAUCAGGGGUGAGGCGAUCCCUUACUUGGUCUUUAUUGGUGGAAGUGCCGAGCAACCAGGUUCUUUUUCGAAACCGUUCAGUGGCGGCCCUACAAUGAGUACUCCAGGAGACAGGUCUGCUUGGAAUGGAGGCGCAACUCCAGCUGUUAGCGCCGAGGGUGCUGCCUCUACAUGGAACAAAGGCGGUGCUUCAGCUUGGAAUGCUGGAGGCGGCAAAACGCCCGCAUAUGGAAGUAGUGGUUCAACAUGGGGAGGUAGUUCAUCGUGGAAUGGAGGAGGAGGAGGAGGAGGAGCUGCGUCAACCUGGAAUGCUACAGGAGGAGCUUCUGCUUGGGGAAAUACCAAAAGCGGAGCAGGUUCCACUUGGGGUAGCACUGGCAGAGGCAGUGGGUCUACUUGGGGAGGAGGAGGUAGUGGUAAUAGUGGAAACAAGGGUAAUAGUUCAUGGGGAGGUGCUGCCAGAGGAAAUGGAUCUGCCUGGGGAGGAGCAGGUAAUAGCUCUACUUGGGGGGGAAACUCAGGUAGCAGCAAUAAAAAAGGUAACAGUAGUAGCUGGGGUAGCUGA